GACAUCAUCUCAAUGGCUGACUUGACCAUGACACCUGAUGAAAUUGAAAUGGAGAUGGCGCGAAUCCAGCAGCUUCGAGAGGUGUUGGUCAGGCGGGAAUCAGAACUCCGAUUUAUGAUGGAUGACAUUCAACUCUGUAAAGAUAUAAUGGAUCUAAAACAGGAGCUCCAGAAAUUAGUAUCAAUUCCAGAAAAGGAAAAAUACAAAGAAGACAAGCAAAAAGAGGAUAUACUGAUCCAGAAAAUCCAGAAAUUAGUAGAGAAAAGGGACUUUCUGGUGGAAGAUGCAGAGGUGGAGAGACUAAGGGAAAGAGAAGAGGACAAGGAAAUGGAAGAAUUUGUCCAAUCUAAGUUAAGACCACUGAAAAAUGUAACUAAAGCACCUGCAGAGUCUUCAAAAGAGAAGUCUAUGGUUACUGAACCUCCUUCAAACAAACCCUCAAUUACCAAAGCCGGAAUGGCAUUAAUAAGGGAUUGCUGUGGAUCUACACAGUGCAACAUUAUGUAGUUCUCACCGUUCAAGCCUGACUCUUGUCUACAAAGAGUGUUUGUGAAAGAGUACCCAUACCCAAGAUGGACGAAAAGCACCUGAAUGGUAACCACGCUCAAACAGACUUUGACCUACCAUAUUCAGAGUCACGUUAAAGCACUGUUAAUGUUGAAGUGAGUCUGUCCUUCAUGCAUGGAUCACAAACUGCGCAUGCUGAAAGGAAAUGCAUCACAUGUUUCCACUGGUAGAAUGGGAAGUUUUUUAUACUUGGCAUGUGUGAUAACAAAGUAGUUUUAGGAAAUUGUUCCAGAGGUAAUGAUAGAAUACAACGUACCAUUUUUAAAAUUUCCUAAAUACGUUGUAAGGAUUUUACAGGGUUUUUCAUGGAAAAGCUUUCCCAGAGUUAUUUAUUACGAUACUCCAGCCUCUGCAAGGUCUUUCAACUGGGGCCUCACAGUUACAUCAUUUUGCUGUUCAAGAGCACAGGCAGGUAACAAACUUUACAAAUUUGAACUCAGCGACUUUAACAGGGGUGGAGUCAAAUUCUGUCCCCUAGAAAAAAUGUACAGACUUAAUAAAGAUUAAUGUAUGAUUGUCAUGUAUCAUAAUUUAAAAUAUGUUCUAAUUCUUUGUGUUACAAUGAAGUGUUUCCUUAUUGAUGAACAGGAUAAUAUUACUAAUGUACUAUAAACGUGAAUCAAGGUUUGUCAGUAAUCAUGUGGAGCAGAGAUGUUGGUAGAAUCGAGCAAGUUAAGUGUAGAGACUAUAGGCAUUGCUAAAAGGUUCAAGGGGAUGAAAUUCAACUUUGGCAGGAGCACAAAGUGGGCAGUAGUUAAUUAACUCGCCUCUUGGACACCCAACCAAAGUUGAGUUUCAUCCCAAGCCCGUCAAAGCAAAUAUAACUAUUUUUUUGAAGUGUACAUAUUUCUUAACUUUGUUUCUCAUUCAUUAUCUUUAUAUAUUGUUCUAUUCCUUUUCUUGCCUGUUGCACACCGCCUUCUACAUUGAGCCGCACAAUGUCAGAUGGGAACUAACCCAGUGACACAAACUGACAGAAAGUGGUGUAAGCAGCUGACGGCUUAACGUAAGAUGAUGAAUACAGGACUAGCCAGUACCGAAAUUAAUCCCUGAAGGAAGUUAAAACACAGUUGCAUGCAGCUAUAGAACAUGAAAAGGAAAGUGCACCUUUGUCUCUCUCUCUCUCUCCUGUCUCAUGGUAAUCUCAUAUUUAUGAUCCUGUUCACUAAUCUAAUAUUUUGUCUUCAUUUCAUGUUGAAUCUUAACCU